AAAAAUGCGAGUAUAUCUACUAUAUUUUAUUUCAUAAUAAGUAUUGACAAUUAUUAGGUACAGCAUAAAUAUUUUUAGUCGUGUAAAACCGGAACCUUUCAGAUUAAUUGUGUUACCUUGUUUUUGUUCCCUGUGUAUAAUUUUUUUUAACCACGUGAGAUGGUCUAACUGAAAUGUUCGAGUCUUUUUUUAUCCACAAAUUCCUUUUUCUUCAGUUAUGUAUUCAACUCAGGAAUUGGAACUCUUUCCUGAUCGUACUGUAACUCAGUUGCUAUUCAAAGAUGUCAAAAACGCUGCAGAAUUGAGGAAAAAUGCCAUGGAAGGAAAGAUUCAUGGUGCCUUGAUAAACCCGUCUAUGAUAGUGAACCCCUUCCAAGUGCUAGUGGCAGCAAACAAGGCAGUUCAUUUACAUAGUACUGGAAAAAUGAAGACAAGGAGUUUAUAUUCCGAAAUCAUCUACAACCUUUCACCCACUAAUAAUAUUUCAGAGGCCUUCAAGAGGUUUGGGAUGUCAGACUGUGACAGUGCUGUUCUCAUAGUUCUCGUCCAUCUCAAAGAGGAGACGCAGCACAUGACUGACAUCAUUGCCAAGGUGGACGGACAACAGAUCCCAGUUGAAGAUGUCUCCAUGUUGACCGACCCUGCUAAGGUCAAAAAGCUGUACAAAACCACACCCCAGGAGGAUACGUGUCUACUGGAUGCUGUUGUCUGCAGGAUGGCAACCAAAGAUGUCAUGUAGCUCAGCAAAAAGACAUGGCAGCAAAUGGAACCCUUCCUGUUAUGUCAUUUGUUGUUGAGCGUUUCAUAUUGAUGUUGUUGCACAAUGUCAUAAAUCAAACGCUUUCCUCCUCGAAUAGGUUAUUAAACAUGUUAAUUUUUU